CGCACCAUGCACACGCAUUCGACGCCUACAAUUUGACAUUCACAGUUUGUUUAUUAGAACAAGUUGGCAUGCCCGACCAUUCAAACAAAAAUAGCGGCAUAGAAUGCAUUAUUUUGCAUUAAAAUGGAGAAAAAUAAGCGCAGAAGUUCGUUGCGGCAGCCGCCAGCCAGAGAUGACGAUCAGACAGCGGCAGCGGGGACGCAGAAUUGCGUGCUCAAGCGUCGCAUCAGCUUUAGUGGCAAGAAGUCCGUGAGAGAGUUCGUGAAUACGGAGGAGCCUCACUAUUGGGAAGACUCCUACGAAUUAUCGGAUUGCACCAAUGGCGAAGACAACAGCAGAGAGAAGGCGUCAAAAGCUGGCCCCAGCCAGCAGGCCCCGACAGCGGACAAAGAGAAUAUACCCCUGCAGUUUGAACAUGCAAGCACCAGAAUCGAUAUGACGUUGAACCUGCGGACGAGCAUCGAUGUGCCCAUGUUUCCAUGUGAAAAGAAUCGCAAUCGCCCCAAUUGUUCGGUGCCCCGCGAGUCGCUGUUUGCCGAGAGUUUCUCUCUCUCUUCGAUGGGGCGGGACAAGCUAAAGGAUACGCUGUACAGCCAUCGAAUCACGGACAAGACCAUAGAUCUGAUGCAGAUCUCAUCCAAAGUUAGGGAAGACUGCUCGUUUGAGUUGUCCUCGUUUGAAAUGGAACAUAUGAAAACACAACCAACGAAAUCUGUGGGUGAUUCCUUUAUGGACAUCACGCCACUGGGAUAUACUGGCCCAGUUACUCCUGCAGCUGCUGCAGUCCCCGUCCCAGCAGAAAAGGAGAAUGUUGAUCCUGUUCAGAAAUUGGUGCAUAUGGAGGUGGAAGAGGGCCAAAAGGAGAUCCAGAGGCAGGAAGAUAUAUCCUUUGACUGCGACAUGAAUGAUUCCGAUGCCAGAGACCGACUGCCGUCACAUGGCUUCUUUCAGACAGAGCCCAACAAUAGUACCAUCAACUACCUGGGAGACGAGUCUGUUCUCAUUCCAUUCGACAUGAUUUCUGGGGAAAACAUCAGCAAGAAGCUGAACUUUCGUCAACUGAACGAUGACCUGGAAGCGGGAAAGAUUAAGGUCUUUGCGAACGGCCCCAGGACCCCGUGCACAGACCGCAAGGCCAAGCAGAAGAGGUUCUGGCAUGGCCUAGAUGAGGAUCAGGAUCAGGAUCCAAUGGACAUCAACAUAAGGAGCAUCAAGCCGCGCGCAACUUUAAAUUUCAGUGAGAAUAUGACCAUGUCCCCCUUGGCACAAACAGCGCCAGUAACAGUAGCGGCAGUAGCAGAGCCGUUGCCGCGGGAAAAGCUAAAGAUACCGGAUGAUAAGCGCAAGUAUCGGGUCUCGCAGGCGGAUGAGAUGAUGCUGGACAACACGAACUUCCUGGCACAUGCCAAAUUGGGCGAUGAGACCCAAUCUCGCAAUAGUUCCAAGGUCUUAUCGAGGAGAGAGUCUACGUAUGAAAGCUCGGAGCUCGAUUUGGGAACGCCCAAGAGGAACAGCAGCUGCAGACAGGACUUCCAGCCAUCCACCAUGCAGGAGGCACCAUCGAAGCAUUCCAAGCCCAGACAGACCAUUCAUAUGCCUGUGGAAAUGGAGCAGGAUAUGUUUCGUUUGGAAGAAGCUGCUGCCGCCGCCAUCCCUCCAGGGCGCACCUCCUCCUCUGCCAGACUUACCAUCAGCCAGAACGAGUCCAUGGACCAGGGAAAUAUUGUCGACGAGAAAGCCACAGCCAUCCAGUUCGAAGAUAACGUGCCGCGCAAGCGCACCAUAUCGAAACGUAGGGAGACUUUGCUCAUGGAGGAGAGCAUGGAAGAGGAUAUUAUAAGUCCUCUCAAGGAGCUGCAUCUCAAGGGGAAUGCUCAUCCGGCAAAGGAACCUAAGUCCCGUCACACUCUCCACUUGGCGGAACCGUUGGAGGAAGACGAAGCCCUCCCCCGGAAUGCUGCAGCCACUGAGGCCAUAAGGAAAGAUCGUAGGCACCUGGCUGAAGCCGUUCAGGAGCAUCUUCAAAUGGGAAAUCAGAGGUCCAAAGCUAGGCAGAGUAUUCUUCAGGAGGAACCAAUAGAGGAAGAUGUUGACAAUGCAGCUACUGGGGCCAUAAGGAAUGAAGCGGUUCAGCAGAAUCUACCCAUGGGAAAUCAGAGAUCGAAAGCCAGGCAGACUAUUCUUCAAGCGGAACCAAUAGAGGAAGAUGUCACCGCAACGGGGGCAAUAAAAAACAAAUCCGUUCAGAAGCAUGUACCAAUAGGAAAUCAGAGAUCGAAAGCCAGGCAGACUAUUCUUCAAUCGGAAGCAAUAGUGGAAGAUGUUGACGAUGCAGCCACUGGGGCCGUAAGGAAAGAUUAUGAGCACCUGGCGGAAGCCGGUCAGAAACAUCUACCAAUGGGAUAUCAAAGAUCCAAAGCCAGACAGACUAUUCUUCAGUCGGAACCAAUAGAGGAAGAUGUUGACAAUGCAGCUACUGGGGCCAUAAGGAAGGAAGCCCUUCAGCAGAAUCUACCAAUGGGAGAUCAGAGACCCAAGGCUAGACAGACUAUACUUCAGGCGGAAGCAAUUGAGGAAGAGUUUGACUAUGCAGCCACAGGGGCCAUGAGGAAAGAUCGUAAGCAGCUGGCUGAAUCCGUUCAGGAACAUCUACCAAUGACGAAUCAGAGAUCCAAAGCUAGCCAGACUAUUCUGCAAUCGGAAGCAAUAGAGGAAGAUUUUGAUGGAGCUACUGGGGCCAUAAGGAAUGAAGCCCUUCAGCAGAAUCUACCAAUGGGAAAUCAGAGAUCCAAAGCCAGGCAGACUAUUCUUAAGGCGGAACCAAUAGAGGAAGAGUUUGACUAUGCAGCCACUGGGGCCAUAAGGAAAGAUUAUGAGCACCUGGCUGAAACCGUUCAGGAGCAUCAUGUGCCCACUGGAGAUCGUUCGUCGAGAUCUAGGCAAACACUGCUUACGGCAGUACCCAUCGAGGAGGACCAUUCCAUGGCAUACCAGAGUUUCAAACCGAGAAACACUCCCGAAUCCAGGGAGGAGUCGGUGGCCUUCAAAUCCAGAAAUACUCUUAUGCUGGCGGAACUUAUUGAAGAAAAUAUGACAGCCGUUCGGACGUCUAAAGCUCGCCAGACUCUGCUCUUGGCCACCUCCAUGGAGGAGGAGGAGCAGUUGAGGGAACCACCACUCGAGAAGUCUACAAAAGUGGCUCCAAAACGUGGAUCCCGGGCUGAACAGACAUUGAUCAUGUCUGAAUCUAUGGAAGAGGAGGAGGAGCACCCGAAGGAUUCAUCAUUCGGGAAGUCUGCAAAUCGCGGAUCCCGGUCCCAACAGACAUUGAUCAUGUCUGAAUCUAUGGAAGAGGAGGCGGAGAAGGCGGACGACUUCCAGAGCCCCCUUCAAUCAACAGGAGCUCCCCCGGAACUCCUUCCGAUCACUCCCAUGCUGAAACAAAACGGAUCAGGGUCACUUAAUUCCAUGAAUGAGUUUGAAAAGUUCGAGGAAGAGACCAAUCAGGCGGCUACGCCUCGCGGUACGCUUCCUAAGACAUCGGCAUUGCUGCGGAAAAUACGCUCCAUGGGCGAGUCCAUGAGAAUGAGUUUGGAGGGCGAUGCCUUGGGAUGUGGCACUCCUACACGGCACAGUGGAGAUGCCAAGCGAUUGUUCGCCCACCUCACGCCCAAUCAGCCAGAGGCCAAGAAGCGCAAUACCCAUCUCUUUGGGGAUAUGGAGAUGGAGCAGGAGAUGGAGGCGAGUAUUGCCGUUAAAGAAGUGACGGCAGCGGUGGACAUGAACUUUGACUUGACCUUGCAGCCCGUGAGAGGCCUUAUUGGCGAGCACAUGUCGCGACCCACUGUAUUCGAGGAGAGACCCAUCACCGUUUCGGAUGUGUCCGCCUACUUCAAAAAUCUGUCGUGCAAGGUGAAGAAGGAGCCGGCUGAGGGUACGAUGGAGGUGGAGCGCGACACUUGCCCCAGGGACAGUGGAAGCUCCACAGACCGUUCGUUCAAGAGCUACGCACCCACAAACAAGAGGUUCAUCAAUCUGUCCGGGGACACGACCAUCUUUUCGGCUGCCAUAGUGGAGACCAUUGACGUGGAUCAACAGGAGAACAACCAGAUAGACAAUGUACGGCUCAGUUUGGUCUCCACUCUGGCCGAUGAGCCGGACACGGAUGAGGAGGCACCGGUUGAGGACGCCUUGGCACUGCCCAAACAGCCUGAGCCUCAGCCUCAGCCAGAGCCUGAGCCUGAGCACUGCCAGGAGCAGCAGGAGAGCUCUCGAGUGGUGGCUGCUGGGUCCAGUGCGUCCUGCAGGAAGUGCGCGAACUGCAGGAGAUCCCUGAGUGAGCCAAGGCUGAGCAACGACUCCUUUGUCCUGCCCACCCAGCCGCAGUGGGAUAUGACGCGGGAAAUAGAAAUGCUGCGACGCGUGAGAGCGAAGCCCAACCUGGACGACGUGCACAAGUACUGGCAGAUUAAGGAGCAGGAGAGGCAGACGAUCGCCCUGGAGAAAGAGCUGGACAGCUCGAGUGAGGCGUCCGAGGAGGAAGAGUUCAGCGAGUGGGACGUGAACGAGGUGAUGGCGACCUACAAAAGGAAGAUGGAAAGAUUCAAGCGCAGUCUGGCCGACAACCAGGAAGUGCUUCAGCAGAUGCUCGUCCCACUGGAACCAGUGGACACGUUCUUCGAUCGCCUGCACGACCUGCUGGGCGAGCAGCAGCCCAACUGGAUAUUUGACUACCAGCUAAAGGUCUCCCAGAAACUGAUCUUCACCCAUCGACUGCUCACCACAUUCCGCCUGAUCGUUGACUACGAGACUGUGGACGAGUUGGAGACUGCCAUACGGGUGUGCGCCAUCAAUGUGGAACAGGCCACAGUGAUUCUGCCACUGCAGAGCUGGACGGCGUUUGAGCACCUGCUCGACUUUCAGCUGCAGCUCAAGCUGCCAGUAAAUCUCACCGACUCGAUCGAGGGCAGCAGCGUGGAGGCCUUCGCACAGUUUCUGCAACGCAUAAAUGCCAUUUGUGUGGACAUACUACGCACAUUCCACAAGCUAUUGACGGUGCUCACAGCAACAAGGGCGAGUCUUCUAAGGCAAGCCAAUCGAAUCGUUGUCAAGAAGACUGUGCGCCGGCACAUUGAGGUGGAUACACGCACGCGCUUGGAGAAGACCGAUUUCGUGAUUGAAAUCGCCAAUGUCGAGGCAAUUUCGUUCAGGGAUAUUCUGCAGCCAAAGCUACAUUUCUUCAACGAAAAUAUUCAGUUUCUGCCAACGGGAGUGGCCUUUUUGGAAGCAUUUCUAGAUCAUCCCGAACAGUAUCUCAAAGUUUAAUCGUUUUUAAAGGUACAAAAUAAUAUAGUUGAAGCUUUAGCAUUUGUACAAACGAAUAUACUCCCAUAAAAAUUGUUAUUUUUUAAGUCACAGCGGA